AUGCGACUCCAAACAACCUUGCUAGGCCCUAUCGCCUGGGCCAUUGCAUCCAAUGCCAAUCCAGCCCUCAACCACCGAAAUGACAUUGCACCACAACCCGAGCCCAUCGUCAUUACUGAGCUGCCUCUUCCCCCUGUCGCUCCCAACACCAAGCCAGGCUCCUGCACCCACCGAACAGGCUGUCUCGACCGCACCUCCUCCGUCCAAAGCGGAACCUUCCUGCCAGACGGCAAGCACGUCGUUGCCAGUUCGAACUUCACCGGUGCCCCGGCUUCCCCUAAUCCAGCAAGCAUCUACACGGGUGUCCAGUUGAUCCUAGUCAAAACCGACAACACGACCUUUCCUAACGGCGAUCCAUGGAAAUGCAUUACCUGCGGCGUGCCGAGGAACCACACUCUGGGAACUUCGUAUCCGCAGGCAUUCAAGGACGGGAAGCGGAUUCUCAUUGAGACAGGCAUCGUGAGCUGCGGGGAGGAAUUCCUGUCUAGCGAGAAAUGCACACCCGAAAAGGUCCAUAUUUACCCCAUCCGGUGGGACAACAAAGCCGAUGGAUCCGGGCCUGGCGGCACGAUCCGCGAACUACGAAUCCACCCAGACAACGUACACAUCGGCUUCAACUCCUUCGGAAUCUCAAGCGGGAAGAUCGACGAGUAUGGAUAUUUCGGUCGACUGCGCUUCAACCCCUCCCCGAACAUCGGCACGCCUCGCGCCCCUCGCUAUGACAUUGUCAACGUGACAGUCCUCUUUGACAAACACGCCUCACUACCAUUCUCUGUGAAUGGUAGCAACCUUAUCUUCGAACCCAAUAUCAUCACCGUCGGCGAAUUCCGCGGCUUCACGGGCUCGGGCAAAGAAGUCACAUACGUCGGCAGCCCAGUUGAAUCAUGCAACAUCGACCUCUUCGCCGCAGACCUAACGACAGGAAAAGUACGCCGACUAACCAGCCACCCUGAAUACGCGGACCCCAUCGACGUCUCCCCAGACGAUAAAUGGCAAGUCAUCCUCGACACCCGCGGAACAGGUCGCCAGAUGUUCCUCGCGGGUCUGCGCGGUAUCCCCCCAGUCACAGACAUGGCAUCUGUAACCAUCACCGCAUCAACGCGCAACAAUGGCGCGCGACGGUUCUUCGAACCCUGGCUUCUCGACCACAACGGUGAUCGAGGGGGUUACUUUGGGCAGAAGAUCAAUGCCGCUGGGGAUGGCAGCCCAGGGAGCAUUAAUGAUCCGAAUUGGAAUGCUGGUGCGGAUCCGCGAUGGUCGCCUGAUGGGACGAGGAUUGUUUAUUUUCAGAACCUGGUGCAGGCUCCUGCGUGUGGGGGCAGGAAUCCGCUUCCCUGUCCGAAUUCGACGGAGCAGGGUGGGCGGACGAGUCGGGUUAUGGUUGCGCAUUUGACUAGUCGGGAACCUAUCGAACAGAAGGAUGUCGAAACUGUGUCUGAUGAGGUUCCGUGGGGUACGCCUUAUACACCUGGUGAUAAGACACCCGAGCGGUCGUAUCCUGGUGCCGGGAAUUACACGCUCACGGGGAAGAAGUCUGGUUCGGCGAGUGUGUCUAUCGCCUACGGCCACAAUAACCCAUCUAUUAUGACCGUCGGUGCUACGUAUCACAACUACUCUGACGAUGGAUGGAGCUUUAUCAGUGGUUCUGAGAAGGUUAAGUUAACGCCGGUCUCUGUUACUUUGAACCGGGUUGACUGGUUCUCGGAUAUCGUGUCGACGGGUAAGCAGAAGGGCACCAAGAAGACUGGUCCAGGGGACUUCCAUUUGGAGAUUGAUACGAUGACGAAUAUUUUUAAUGCGAAUGGGACUUUAACGACGACGAUUGACGGGGAGGUGUUUAAGCAGCCGGCUAAUGGGACUUAG